UGUCCCGGGCUGUCCCGGCCAUGGCCGCGGGCCCUGCCCGGUACCUGGUGUUCUUUCAGUACUUUGGCACCAGGUACAGUGGGGUUAUGGAGACCAAGAGUGAUCAGGCCCUGGUUGGAGUCCAGAAUUAUUUGGAGAGGGCAGCCGAGCGGCUGAAGCCCAGCGCUCCCAUCAAGUUCCACAUCUCCAGCCGCACGGACGCCGGCGUCCACGCCCUGGCCAACGCCGCCCACCUGGACAUCCAGCGGGCCCCGGGCAAGGCUCCCUUCAGUGGCCAGCAGCUGCUCCAGGGCCUCAACCACCACCUCAGGCCCGAGCCCAUCCGCAUCCUCAGUGCCCAGCGGGUUUCCAGCACCUUCCACGCCCGUUUCUGUGCCCUCUCCAGGACCUACAUCUACCGCCUGCUGCUGGGCUGUGCCCACCAUUCCCAAAUCCCUGUCUUUGAGCGGGAUCUGUGCUGGGCUCCUGCAGGAGGCCCCCUGGACGUGGCUGCCAUGAGGGAAGCGGCGCAGUUCCUGCUGGGCACCCACGACUUCAGCUCCUUCCGCUCGCUGCACGCCGAGGCAGCGGCGCAGAGCCCCGUCAGGACCCUGCUGCAGCUGCAGCUGCAGCCUGCGCCCGGCUUCCUGCAGCAGCACUACCUGCACAGGUGACUCGGGCUGGGGGACCUGCACGGGACAGGCUGGAGAGAGGAAUUAGCAAGGAGCAGCUCCUGGGAAGAAAUUUUGCAGUAUUUUACCUUCAUUUUGGUGGCUGAAAUCCACCUCUGCCAAGGCCGGCUGGCCCCGGCGCAGCUGCGGGAGCUGCUGGAGCUGCGGGACCCGCGCGCGUUCCCCCCGCACGCCACGGCCCCGGCCGCGGGGCUCUUCCUGCAGCGCGUGGACUACAGCCCCCAAGGUGGGCUGCCUUCCCUGCACUCCCUUCUUAAUGAGCAGUGUAAAGUGCUAAUUGUUCAUUUGGCCCCUCCCCCAGCAGAAGAGGAGCUCUGCGGGCCGAGCUGAAAGGAAAUUGCAACAUGUGGAUGCUGCUGGGUGAGCGUCGCUGUGGGGUGAAACUUCAGCUCCUGCCCACGAGGGAUGGAAUAAAACUCCAGGAGUGAGGGAAGAAUUCAGACUUCACCCCUGUGGAGGGAGCAGCUCCCGAGGGAAAUAAUUCCUGAGGGGAGCAAUUCAAGAUGGGAGUAAUUCCUGAGGGGAGUAAUUAAAGAUGGGAGUAAUUCCUGAGGGGAGUAAUUUCUGAAGUAAUCAUUCCUAAAGGGAGAAAUUCCUAAAGUAAUCAUUUCUGAGGGGAGGUAUUCCUGAGGGGAGCAAUUCAAGAUGGAAGUAAUUCCUGAAGGGAGCAAUUCCUGAGGGGAGGAAUUUCUGAGGGGAGGAAUUUCUGAAGUAAUCAUUCCUGAUGGGAGCAAUUCCUGAAGGAAAUCAUUCUUCAAGGGAGUAAUUCCUGAAGUAAUCAUUCCUGAAGGGAGUAAUUCAAGAUGGAAAUAAUUCCUGAGGGGAGCAAUUCCUGAAGGGAGGAAUUUCUGAGGGGAGGAAUUUCUGAAGUAAUCAUUCCUAAAGGGAGUAAUUCCUGAAUUAAUCAUUCCUGAGGGGAGUAAUUCCUGAGGGGAGCAACUCAAGAUGGGAGCAAUUCCUGAAAGGAGCAAUUCCUGAAGGGAGUAAUUCCUGAAGGAAAUCAUUCUUCAAGGGAGUAAUUCCUGAAGUAAUCAUUCCUGAAGGGAGCAAUUCAAGAUGGGAGCAGUUCCUAAAGGGAGCAAUUCUUGGAAGUAAUCAUUCCUGAAGGAAGAAGUUCCUGAAAGGAGGAAUUCCUGAAGGAAAUCAUUCCUUAAGGGAGUAAUUCCUGAGGGGAAUAAUUCCUGAAGGUUGUCAGAGCACUCCUGGGUUUGUGUUCAGGCAUGUUUUGGGCUCAAUCUGUUGAAUUUUGGGGCUGGUAGAACCUGGGGCUGUUUCCUGGCAAGCAGCACAUCCCAGGAAAGGGGGAUUUGAGGGAAAUGCAGGAAAUUGCUGGAUCCAGGCAGCCCUGCUGGGCUUUUCCCUCUUUUCCUGCUGCCCACAUUCCACAGCCAAAUUUGGGGCUUCUCGUCCUGCCUUGGCUUCCCCAGGAAUAUUCCAGCAUUUCCAGGCUGGACACUGAUCCAUGGGAGCUCAGAAGGGAGCAGAUAUUUGAGAAAUCCCAGGAUUUAACUAAACAAGCUCCUCUCUCCACACACUCAGCCCAGCUCUUCGCACUGUGUGGUCUUGAAAUGUCAAAAGUUCUUUUUUUCCACUCACAUUUGGCGAUGUAAACACAAUUAUCUGACCUUCCCUCACCCCUUUUCUUGUAUUAACUUCUGAGCACUUGAGUUUCCAUCCCCUGUGAGACUCUGCAGAGGAUUUUGUCAUUUCUGAGGCACCAGAAAUGACCAAAUUUUGUCAUUUCUGAGGCACCAGAAAACCACAGGCCUGACUUAAAACCUGCUUAGAACCGAGUUUACCCAACAGGAUCUGGAGUUUUGGUGUAACACAGUUCUGCUCCUUCACCCCAAAAUUUUUGUAAAGGGCUGAGAGCAGCAGAGCAACAAAAAUCUGAAUUUCCAAAUGCAGCCAGAAAUUCACCCAGGUGCUUGUUCUUAAUUGGCCAUCUCAUUAAUUACUGUUAAAAGCCCAGGCUGGCCUCUGGCCUUUCCCUUCCUUUGUUUUGCUCAGAGCAUUUUUUAAAUCUUGCUAAGAAAAUCGGCUCCAGCUUUUCUAAAUUACAAUCCCUGGGAAGUUCUGGUGAAAAUCUUGGCACUGUGAGAGCCUCAGAGGGAGCAUCAGCCCCAAAUAAUCCUUUACCUUUAGCAGAAAUUGCUAUUUUUAUCCCAGUUCUGGGCUUUUAAUCCCAUUUCUAGGCUGUGGAAAAUCCUAACAGCACUGGAGAGGGACUGGUUUUAUCACAAUCUUUAUGGAUAAAGCACAGUCUUUAUGGAAAAAUGUAAAAAAUUGGAUUGGAGGCUCCUUGGAGCUGGCCCUGAGGGAAGGAUGGAGAAUUAAAGAGGUUUUGCUGCUUGGUUAUCAGCA